CAGGAUUACCGGAUCGCCAUGCAUAUGGUGCUCAUUUUUUUCAUUUGCAUUCUGCCAUCUAUUCUUUUAGACAUUUUUUUUCUUAGUUGUGGAUGCAAUCAAACACGCUUACCGCCUGGCAAAGCUACAAAAGAAACCGCAAAAUUUGACUCCUUGUCCAGGAAAUCGGCAUCAAGUGUGUUCAACUUGGGUGGAUACUGAACUUAAUUAGCUGACUUGGUUGCUUGGUCCAGAUAUAGUACAAUUUGAGGGCUGCCAUCUCAAACUUUACCACUGAUAUUGGUUCAUGGAGGCCCAUAACAUUGACUUGAAAAUUUGCGGAUUUUGAUGAUGUAUUCUCCUUCUCGACGUGCAGGAUCAUCCAUGCACUUCUAUAAAUUGAUCAUCACAUCCUUGAUUAAAUUCACUCAUCGCAAGAGAAACAAUCCACUAAAAGGAUGGCAAAGUUCUCGCUUUCCAACCUCACCUUCUUCUUUCUCUUCGUCUCUCUUGCUUCCUUUCCAUUCCACAGUGCAAGAAACAUCAACCAGCACAUUCAGACUGUUUCAGUCGACCAGCUGCGGCCGCCACGUGAAUGUACUGCCGGAAAAGGUCUCCAAGGCAAGACCACUCUGAAACUAGUCGAUCGUCACGGGCCCUGCGCCCCAUUCCACCAAAAGACGGGAUCAGCCGAUGACGGCAAGCGAGAUUCCGAGGAGCUCCUCCGGCAAGACCAGCAGAGGGUUGAUUGGAUCCAUUCCAGAACAGCUUCUCUCCCAUUAUCACCCAAGAAGAAUAUAGAGGACCUCUUGCUCCCGGAGGCCACCACACAGGUGCCGGCUCAAACUGGAUCCUCGCUGGGCAGCGGAAACUUCAUAGUCGACGUCGGCCUGGGCACCCCCAAGCAGGCCUUCAACCUCGUCUUCGACACCGGUAGCGACCUCAGCUGGGUCCAGUGCGACCCCUGCUUGAUCUCCUGCUACCAGCAACAGGGUCCAAGGUUCAGCCCAUCCGCCUCCUCGACCUACAGGAACGUGCCCUGCUCGGCAGCCGAAUGUGCAGAGGCGAAGCUCGAGUCCGGAUUGAACGGAUGUUCCACUUCCGGCUGCAUCUACGGCAUCACCUAUGGUGACAAUUCCUUGUCUGUUGGAUUCCUUAGUCAGGACACAUUGACGAUAACGCCCAAUGAUGUAGUCCCGGGGUUCACCUUCGGGUGCGGCCACAGGAACCAGGGGUUGUUCGGAAUGACCGGCGGCAUGUUCGGACUAGGCCGGAGCAAACUCUCCGUCCCUUCUCAGACUGCCAACAAAUUCGGCGGCGUGUUCGCCUACUGCCUGCCAACUGCCAGCGUGCCUGGAUCCUUGGCAUUCGGGCCGGAUUCUUCCUACAGUUCUGCACAGUUCACACCCCUGCUGACUGGCUCCCAGCCCUUCUAUUACCUUACCAUCACUGGUAUAAGCGUGGGCGGACAACUGCUGCCGGUUUCUUCCUCCAUCUUUACGACCUCCGGAACCAUAAUAGACUCCGGCACCGUGAUCACCCGACUGCCGCCAACGGCUUACAGCGCACUGAGAUCUGCUUUCCGGACUUUCAUGGCCAAAUAUCCGCUGUCGCAGCCGUCCCUGAUCCUGGACACCUGCUAUGACCUUUCCAAUUACACCACAGUUCAGUACCCUCUGAUUGAAUUCCACUUCCAGGGGGGCACGAACGUGUUACUCGACUUCUACAACAUCUUCUUCGUGCCAUCGAGUUCGCAGGCCUGCUUGGCCUUUGCUCCCACCAGCAGCGACAGCAGCCUUUCCAUCUUCGGCAACAGGCAGCAGAGGAAGAUCUUGGUAGUUCAUGAUGUCCCAAAUGCAAGGAUCGGGUUCAAGCAAGGAGCUUGCAGUUGAAAUUUCCGUCUUGUUGGCACUCGUUUCGUCUCAAGUCUGAUUGUAAGAAGUAGUGCAAGAAAUGUGCUUCACUACUUCAAUAAAUGAAGCGUCAAGUGUCUCUGUUUCUUCUGUUUGGAUUCAGCUACCGGCAAUAUUCCCUUCAGUAGUACAAGGUAUUGGCUUUAAGCGCCAUUCUGAU